AUGAGUUGGAUACCAGGAAAGGAGUUAAAUGGAACAACUGCCCGAAGUCAAGAUCUGGCUCCUUGUACGACCUGUGGAAGACAUUUUGCACAAGAUGUUCUGCUGAGACAUGAUCCAAUAUGCAAGAAAGUCUUCAAUAAGAAGCGCAAGCCCUUCAGCUCUUUGAAACAGAGACUGCAGGGAACAGAAAUCACCUCUGUGAAGAAGCAGCCCCCCCAAAAGAAACAACCAGGGAAGAAAUCUAACUGGAGGCAGCAGCAUGAGGAUUUUAUUAAUACUAUUCAAUCAGCCAAGCGGGUCACAAAAGCUCUGAAGGAGGGCCACCCUCUUCCGCCUCCUCCCCCACCAAGCAUCAACCCAGACUAUAUUCAGUGUCCACACUGCUCACGAAGAUUUAAUGAGGCUGCAGCACAGAGGCACAUGAAGUUUUGUGAAGAACAAGCUGCCCGCCGUGCCUUUGCUGCAAAGACCACCGGGCAGGUUUCGGGCAAGGAACCAGUGACUCAGCGAAAACGCCCAACCUUAACAACUGCUGUGUUAUCGCUUCAGAAGAGAGUACAGAAAAGUGCCAGUACAGAUGAACCUAGGCCAGAGACCUCUCCAGGAAUACUGCAGAAAACCCGAAAAUCUUUGGGUGUAUCUACUGGACAAAAAUCUUCAGGACAGUUUGGACCAUGCAGUCGGUGUUGUUUCCAUCUCGGUGUUGUUUCCAUCUCGGGCUAUGCAGAGCCAUGUCAGAGGAGCAAGAAGGCCUUCCAGCCCCUGUUUAAGGUGGUUGUGGUGCUGUUGUGCAAGGGGAUGGCUCAAGUGAUCAGUGUCUUGCACCCCUGUGAGAUGCAUACGACUGCAGAAUAUGAGAUCCUGGCAGGGAAUGUGGCCACGACAGAUUCCCUGUAG